AUGUUCAGUCCACGUGUCGUCCGCUCGGCGACUUCGCUGGUGCGGCCAUUCAGCAGUUCCACGGCCAUCGCGUCGCGCGCCCCCUCCAUCCGCGAUAUCACAGGUGAUCCCACCGAAUUCAACCGGCGACAGAAGGAGUUUCGCGAGAACCUCGAGCAAGCUCGCAAGAGAAAGGAACAGAAAGAGAGUCAGUCUGUCGAAGCCUCUGCCUCCUCUUCUCCCCCUUCCCGUGAGUCCGCUCCCACUGCUCCGCAUGUGAGCAAUGCGAGUCGCUAUGACCCAGUCCGCCCAGCUUUUGAUGCGGCCGCUACACUUGACCAGAAAGAACUGGGCUCACUGUCGAUGCACCGCUAUCUAGGAGAGGACCAGCAUCUGGACUCGGCGGCCAAGCGAGGGGCCCUGUCCUCGCUCAUCUAUGGCACGAAGGAAGGUCAGCAUUUCGACAAGGAUAUAGAGCGCUCCUUCUCCCAGGUGCUGGCCCGCGGCAAGUACGUCCAUUCGAUCGUCUUCCACGAUGUCAAGCCCGACAAGGUCGACGAGUAUGUGGAGCUGGUGGGCCAGUGGUACCCCCGCAUGGCCGGCACCGAGGAGAACCGCGUCAACCUGGUCGGCAGCUGGCGCACGCAAGUGGGGGAUAACGACACAUUUGUGCAUAUCUGGGAAUACCAGCGCUACGAAGGCUACCACACUUCCUUGCACAACAUCUCGCAGCACCCCGAAUUCCCCGAGUUUGACCGCAAACUCAAGAGCCUGAUCAAGAGCAAGAAGACGUCAUUGAUGCAGGAGUUCUCGUUCUGGCCUACCACGCCGCCCCGCCAUCUGGGUGGCCUGUUCGAGCUUCGCUCGUACACGUUGCACCCGGGCAACCUGCUGGAAUGGGAGACUCACUGGCGCCGUGGCCUCACAGCACGCCGCGAGGUCAUGGAGGGCGUGGGGGCGUGGUUUGUGCAGAUUGGCGAGCUCAACACGGUGCACCAUCUGUGGCAGUUCGCCAACCUGGAGGAGCGCAAGGUGCGACGAGAGCAAUCAUGGGGCGUCGAGGGCUGGGCAGAGACGGUGCACAAGACAGUGCCCCUCAUCCAGACGAUGCAAAGCCGGAUUCUCGUUCCAAUGCCCUGGAGCCCGGUCGGUUAA